AUGACUCAUGAAUUUGUUUUUAUCGCUUUCUUGCGAAAUUUAACUUAUAAAAGCACUUUCUCACCGUAAUUCUCGUAUUUCAGAAACUCAAAUACCAGCUUAAUACACAUAAAAUCAUCAUGGGAGCCGGAGAAAGCAGUAUGGCCUUGGAAAAACACUUAUUUGAUCUUAAAUUCGCAGCGAAACAGUUGGAAAAGAAUGCUCAACGAUGCGAGAAGGAUGAAAAGGUCGAGAAAGACAAGCUGACGGCAGCUAUUAAGAAAGGAAACAAAGAAGUCGCACAGGUUCAUGCUGAAAAUGCGAUCAGGAAGAAGAAUGAAGCAGUGAACUACAUUAAAAUGGCCGCCAGAAUCGACGCAGUGGCCGCCCGAGUUCAAACCGCCGCCACACAAAAACGAGUAACCGCCAGCAUGAGCGGCGUAGUGAAAGCCAUGGAAAGCGCCAUGAAGAGCAUGAAUCUCGAGAAAGUUCAACAGUUGAUGGAUAGAUUCGAAAGAGAUUUCGAAGAUCUCGACGUGACCACAAAGACGAUGGAAAAGACGAUGGACGGAACGACAGUGUUGAAUGCUCCGAAGUCACAGGUGGAUGCUCUGAUUGCAGAGGCCGCCGACAAGGCAGGCAUCGAGCUCAACCAGGAGCUUCCGUCAAACGUGCCAACUGCUCUGCCGACCGGGACGCAAGCUGUUUCAGAAGACAAGGACCUCACAGAACGCCUGGCUGCUCUUCGCAACAUGUGAUCUUCCAGAUUUCUCAAGAAAUUUCUGUGAAUAUGAAUAUUCUGCUGACGGUUUCAUUUUUAAAAUUAAGAUACUGCUUUUUUUCUUGUAUAUACAACAUUUCUCUCAAUAAUGAAGCAACAAUUUUU